UCAAAUAUCACGACGGACACCAAAAACGAGGGUGCCAACACCUUUUUGGCACGACGGACGCCCAGCUCGAUGAAGCGGUAUUCCAGAUGCUAGAGUGUGGUACACCGGACGCCCGGUUCGAUGAAGCGGUAUUCAAGAUGUCAGAGUGCGGUACACAGGACGCCCAGCUCGAUGAAGGGGUGUUCAAGAUGUCAGAGUGCGGUACACCGGACGCCCAGAUCGAUGAAGGGGUGUUCAAGACGUCAGAGUGCGGUACACAGGACGCCCAGAUCGAUAAAGGGGUAUUCAAGAUGCCAAAGUGCGGUACACAGGAUGUCCAGCUCGAUAAAGGGGUAUUCAAGAUGUCAGAGUGCGGUACACCGGACGCCCAGCCCGAUGAAGGGGUAUUCAAGAUGUCAGAGUGCAGUACACCGGACGCCCAGAUCGAUGAAGGGGUAUUCAAGAUGUCAGAGUGCAGUACACCGGACGCCCAGAUCGAUGAAGGGGUAUUCAAGAUGUCAGAGUGCAGUACACCGGACGCCCAGAUCGAUGAAGGGGUAUUCAAGAUGUCAGAGUGCGGUACACCGGACGCCUCAGCUCGAUGA